GAUUCAGUACUUUUACUCACAAUUCAGAUAUACAGUAUUGUGAAAAUACAUCGGGCAAUAGCCAGUCUUAUUGUCAUCGAGAAGAGAGGCGCGCAUCAUCAUCAUCAUCACCAUCAGUCGUUUUCAAAGCUUUGGUCUCCCUGUUUUGCUGAUUUCCCUGGCAGUGUCACCUCAGAGCAAAAGAGGAUGAGUGACCAUAAUGGCUGUCUUGAGAGUGAACAGGGUGGAGGAGAAAAGCUACUGGUGGUGAAGGGUGCCCUCCAGAAUGCCAUAACCAGGGUGCUGGGAGGAUGGAAGGUGUCACUUCUGGCAGCAUGUUUUCCAUCUUUGGCCCAAGACAACAAGGAUUUCAUUGAAACCAUAAGAGUCAAUAUUGUUGAGGUUGUGCAGAAGGCUCUACUUGAAGAUUUUGAUGCAAUAAUUGAUGAAGAUAUUGUCAAAGCUUUGGAAGAAUUUAGCACUGCUGUCAAGAACAGUUCUGGUCCUAAAGGCACUGUUGCUUGGAGACCAACUGGAGAUCCUGAGCUUGACAUGAUGGCACAUGAUGCAAAGAUACUUCGUUAUGAAAAGCAACACCUUUUGGAAUCCCUCAAGCGUGCCAAGUUGGCGUCCAGCAAGGCACAGGAAGCAGUUGAAGAAGGUUACAAGAAAUGUCACGAGAACCAGAUGGAAAUACAAAAGAAUUUAUCAGUCAUCAAUGAACUUUUGGAAACAUCUCAAGCCAUAAAUGAAGGACAUAUCAGUGAUUUGUGCCAAACAGUGUUCUCAAGGCCAUCAGAUUAAAGAGCCAAUGAAAAUACUUCAUAUAUUAAAUGUCUUAGUAUUAUGUACAGUCACAAACUAUCUAGCUGUAAGGCUGCAUUUGCACAAGCCACUUUUUGUAGUCAGUGGCCUCCACAAAAAAUGUUUGCCACAAAAAAUGGUUGCCACAAAAAAUGUUGAGUAGCAGCACCAUGCACACGAGCCACCCAGUGGCAGCCACAAAUGAGAUCAGAGACGCAUGGAUCUCGUGGAAAUAGCAGCUGUCUGCCAUCUCUUUGUGGAGAUGAAGUGGAAAAAGAGCAGAAAGUACUGGAUGCACCCUAUACUUAGUUUUGACGGAGUAUUGCAAGGAGCAUUUCACACAUUAUUUUUAUUUAGCAUUCUUGUCACAGUAUUCUUUCAUAUUCAGAUCAUAAAGUGCUGGUCUCUUCUCCACCUCUACAAUCAAUAUUUCACAUUCAAACAACUAAGUAUUCUUCCCAUUCGUGAAAAGGAGUACUUGAUGCUGUGACAGACAGGACAAGACAGCAUGAAAGCAGCAGCAGGCAGGGUGGCAGCUACAGAUAGUGGCUUGUGUGUAUGGUGCCACUUGAAAUAAUGGUUACUAUUGCUGGCCACUGUGGCCAGCCACAUCAUAUGCAUGGCAGAGAGUGGAACUUUUUCACCAGUGGCUUAAGAUCUUAUAUUUCACAGUCAAACAACUCGAGGUAUUCUUCCCACUCACAGAAAGGAGCACUGAGUGAGUGACCACCAACCUGCCUCCUACUGCUUUCACACCAUCUUGUCCUGUCUGUCAUAGCAUCAAGUACUCCUUUCUGUGAGUGGGAAGAAUACCUAAAGAGUUGUUUGUGAAAUAUUGAUUGCUGAGGUGAAGAGAUCAGCACUGAUUUUGAAUAUGAAAGAAUACAAUGACAUGAAUACUAAAGAAAAAUAACUGGUGAAAUGCUCCACACAGUAGUCUGUUAUAACUAAGUAUAUGGUGCAUCCAGUACCUCUUCAUCUUCAAAAAGAGAGCGUGAAAGAAGCAGAAGGCAGGUUGGCGGCCACAGAUAGUGUCUCAUGUGUAUGCUGACAUUUGAAAUAAUGGUUUCUAUUGCUGACCACUGUGGCCAGCCACAUUAUUUGCAUGGCAAAGAGUGAAACUUUUUCAUUGGUGGUUUAAGAUCAUAUACCAUCACCAGCUAUGGGACCACAGAUAAAAAUUAUCCCUGGUCAGCCAAGCAUUAGGUCUGGUUUCACUAAAGUCUUGUUCUUUUCUUUCACCAUCUCAAUGAAUUCUGUAGUUUGGUAUGUAUCAUUAGUGUGUGUGUGUGUGUGUGUGUUUCUUUUUUUUUUCUUUAUAAGCAUAAACACAAGACAGGCAUAGUUUCUUGUCAGUCUAUAAAAAUAAUAAAGAAACCAACAUGGUGUGACGUAGGAUAAGCAGCACUAUAUGUAUGUGAUUACAAUGCCCGUUUAAUAUGUUUUUUUUAUAAAACUGAUAACAACCAGCUGAGAACAAGGAUAUGAUCAUCAUUGUUAAAGUAAGAUUAGUAAAUAAAAAUAUGGAUAUA